AUGUCAUACAACAACUACGGCGGCGAAGCUCAAGGCUACUACGGUGGUGGCCAGCAGCAGCAGGGCUAUGGCUCUGGAGCUCCACCAAACCAGUACGGCGACAACCAGAGCUACGGCAGCCCUCAACAACACAACAACCAAUACGGUGGUCCUCAGCAAGGCCAAUACGGCAACGAGCAACACUAUGGCGGCCCCCAGCACGACCAAGGAUACGGACAGCAAGACAGCUAUCAAUCUCACCAGCAAGGCUAUGGUCAACCUCAACAGCCCUUGACUGCUCGCGACGAGUAUCCCUCCCAGACACACGGCGGCUACGGCGGCAACACCUCCUACCAAGGCUCCGAGUCUGCCCCUUAUGCACCAAACCAACCUUCAUAUGGUGGUCAGCCUGGAGUUGAAGGCGACCGUGGCAUGAUGGGAGCUCUUGCUGGAGGUGCUGCCGGUGCAUACGGAGGACACAAGAUGAACCACGGCAUCAUUGGUGCCAUCGGUGGUGCCUUUGCUGGCUCCAAGCUCGAGGACUUUGGCAAGGACCACAAGCAGAAGAAGGAUGAGGAGAAAUAUGCACAACAACAUCAAGGUUACGGGGCUCCUAGUAACUACGGUAGACCCGGCAGAAGAGAUAGCAACUCGAGCUCCAGCAGCAGCAGCAGCGACGAUAGCAAGAAGCGUCACAAGAGACGCUCUCGCUCGAACUCGCGCAACCGUGGCUACCAGUCCUCUAGACGAGGCAACUUCAGCGAAACCUCGCGCGACAUUUCUCUCGACUACAACACCAUGGCACUCAAGGCCCUCUGCAGGCGUACCGAUGGCUCUGAGCAUGAGGCCUAUCUGCAUCUCAACGACAUCCUCGGCAACCGCGACGGCAGAUUCGUUUGGGAAAGAAAUGGAAACUUCACAGGCAGCGUCAGGGAGGGCAAGAUCUGGUUGGCUGAGGGUGGAAGAGCUCUAUGUGCUGUACUCGGUGAUGGACGUGGUGGCUGGAAUGAGCAUGCCAACAUUGAAUUGGACGAGAAGAUCUCCAACGAGAACGGUCAAUUGGUGUACUUGGGUUAG